GAAUAACCUCUUCUUAGAAACACCACUGCAAUAACUAUACUCACAUCAAACGAUUAAUCUAAACGAAUUCACGAAAAUGGCUGCAAAGAGCGUCUUUAUUACUGGUACCACCGGUUUCAUUGGAGGUGAUGCAUUCUACGCAUUGCAUAAAGCGCAUCCUGACUGGAAGUAUACCAUCCUCGUCCGAAGUGAGGAUAAGGGGAAGGAUGUGCAGAAGCAAUAUCCUGAUGUGAAGUUGGCGGUUGGAUCGUUGGAUGAUUCCAAGGUCAUUGAGAAGGCUGCUUCUGAGGCCGACAUUGUCAUUCAUACCGCUGAAAGUUCCGAUCACCAAGGCGCUGCCAAGGCUAUCGCUGCUGGCCUGCGAUCUACCCACUCGAGCUCAAACCCCGGCUACUGGAUUCACAUCAGCGGCACGGGCAUUCUCUGCUGGUACGAUAUGGACAACAAGCGCUAUGGAGAAGGUCCUCUUCCCGAGCAAGCCUACGACGAUCUCGAGGGAGUCGACAAGGUCACUUCUCUGCCUGACACCGCUUUCCAUCGCGAUGUCGACAAGAUUGUUCUCGACGAAGCUGCCAAGGAUCCCAGCGCCGUAAAGGUCGCCAUCGUCUGCCCUCCCACCAUCUACGGCACUGGCCGAGGACCCGCCAACCAGCGAAGUCGCCAAAUCCCGGGCUUAACCGAGACAACCCUCGAGAAGGGCUUCGGUCCCAUCAUCGGCGCUGGCGAAACAGAGUGGGACAACGUACACGUCCAUGAUCUCUCCAAGCUAAUUGUUCUUCUCUCCGAUCGCGCCGCAUCAUCUGAGAAGCAGUCCGACGAACAGGAAAUCUGGGGGCCAAGGGGGUACUUCUUCGCUGAGAACGGCAAACACAAAUGGAGCCAGAUUUCGGCUCUUAUUGCCAAGGAAGCUAAGAAGCAGGGCGUUAUUGAUAGUGAUGAGACAAAAGUGUUGGAUGUUGAUGAGGCACAGAAGAAGUUGGGAUUCCAGGCUCUCUCAUGGGGUUUGAAUAGUCGUGGUGAGGCAAAGCGAGCGAGGAAAUUUCUUGGUUGGAAGCCGGUGGGUGAGAGUUUGGAGCAGUGGAUUCCUGAGUCGGUGCAGAUUGAGGCUAAGAGACUGAACAAGGCUUAAACAGCACACCGGACGCAUCUUCAGAUUGAAAUGAGAGCGAAAACCAAAUACUACAUUCCCAAGCUCAAUGAGAUGAACCACCAAUCAUAAGGCGUGGCUAAAUUCAACGACAAAAUAAUAAGAAUAGCGAAAUACAAUGCCUUGCGAUGUUGGUCUCUUUUGCUCUGGCUGCACUCAAUGG